AAAAACUUGACUAAAAAUAGAUUAGAAGUCCUCCACUUCAACCUAUAAAUACGUAUUCCUAUGACAGUGCAUCUCAAAACACAAACACGAGCUGUAAGAGCGACAACUUUAAAAAAUCAACAAUAUAAUAAGGAAUUGAAACAGGCAGGAAAGAAGACGAAAGAACUUCUUCACAGUUACACCUUUGAACGUGUAAAAAUGCAUCUUCUCGGUGGGAUAAAAUUCAUAAUGGUGUCAGCAAUGUUGCUGCUGUCGCUUUUAACCGACACAAGUGCUCGCCAGUUUAAUGCUUGUCGGGAAAAUGCAAGAACGGGCACGUGCGAUGACGUCAAAAUGAGAAGUAUAGGACCAUAUAAAUAUGAGAUAGGUCUAUGUAAGGGAAUCUACGGUGGACAGUGUCUUCGGUUACCGGAUAAGAAAUGUUCCUGCUUAGGAAAGAAAGUAUAAGAAACAAAAUGACCAUGUUUUUUCCCUUUUUUUAUACAAUUUUGCACAUUCGUAAAAAGCUUAUAGACUGAAAAAGAAGGAAUGUAUGAUUUUUAUACUUAUCACACUUAUGAUUGAAAGCUUAUC